AUGAUGGCAGGCACACCACCAACAAUGCAUGGCAGGACAGCCAUCAUAUCAGGAUCUUCCACAGGCAUCGGAGCAGCCACUGCACGAGAGCUUUCUUCUCGAGGUGCCAACAUCGUGCUCAACUAUCCAUUUCCUGGAAAUGAGGCCGAAUGCAACGAGGUUGGAGCACAGUUGAAAACUCCAUGGAUAGCCGUGUGCGCCGACCUCUCCACCGUGGACGGGCCUCAGACCCUAGUUGAUGCUGCCGUCGCCCGAUUCGGCCACAUCGACAUUUUGGUCAAUAAUGCCGGCACUGUUACUCGUGGCGCCACUUGGGAGGUCGAUGCGGUUAAAUGGGACCAAGCAAUGGCACUCAACGUUCGAGGUGUCUUCUUGCUGACCAAGGCCGUCCUCCCACGCCUGACACCGUAUAAGCCUUCGUCACCUCCCGCAUUUGCUGGUGUAAAGGGCGGCUCUCGCAUUAUUUGCAUAGGAUCUGGGGCCGGACGACAACCUCAGGACGACUUGCUCGCCUACUCAGCCGGCAAAGGCGCAAUUCACUCCUUGAUCAACCAUUGGGCCAAGGAGCUGCCUCCCAAGUAUGGUUGCACGGUCAACGGCGUAGCCCCAGGCCCCGUCAAAACAGACAAUCUGCGCAGAGAAUACGGAGACCGUUGGGAUGAAGCAUGUGCGAGCUACGCGUCAGUCACACCUUGCGAAGGCGCUAUGGCAGAAGAGGAUGACAUUGCCUGGACCGUGGCAUAUUUGGCCGAGGACCGAUCAAAAUGGGUCAAUGGCGAGUAUAUCAAUGUUAAUGGAGGUCUGAUAAUAGCCUGA